AUCAUCAUCAAGGUCAAGGCCACAGCCUUCGGUUUGAAAAAACGUUCGCUCCGCUCUCAGGCCAGUUUUUUCAUUAUUAUUGUGUCCUAUAUUGUUAUAUCUUGUCGUGAGUUAUAUAGUUCGAUAUAAUAUUUGAUUCUGCGUUUUCCGGUGAUAAAUUUAGAUAUAUAUUAGCCGUAAUUUUCUCGUUUUUUGUCCUCCUAGCGAUUUUUCGAUCUUAGUGGUAGCGUGCCCUUCUCCUGUUAGGCCAAUUUUAUCUCGUUGAUUUUAUUGUUAUAACAGUGUCGUCCUCUAGUUCACAUAAUUAAUUCUAGCUAGUCAUUUAGCGUUAUACUUCGUAACUAUCUGUAAUAAUUCAGCAUAACUUCUGUGUCUCUUAAUUACACCCAUUUGCUCGUAUCGAUCGUAGUUAUUUUUAAAAUGACGAAGCAGUCUCCUUGUGGAAUUUGCUGCAAGAUCGUCGGACAUAGAGCAAAUGCGAUUUCAUGCAGUCUCUGCAGCGCAAGGCUUCAUAUUUCGUGCGUUGGUCUGACUGUAGACCAAUUUCGUAUAAUUCAGGGCAUUCAGAGCGAAUUUUUGAAGACCGUUUGUAAGCAAUGCCAAGCUAAUCUUGUGCAGAAUAAAACGGACACGUCUAACAAGCGGAUCAACACAACGAAGUGCUCUAGAAUGCCCAGCUCGCCUUGUGCUUCACCACAGUCAGUGAAGCAGCCAACGCCUAGUACCUCAUCGCAUCCAUCGCGGAAACAAGGUACUAAAGUUCCAUCAGACUCUCCCUCAAGACCUACUAUUUGUUCAGCUGACAGUAAAGUUCCAAUGUGCGAUAAACAAAUUGAGGAUAACGAUUGGAGAGUACAAACAUCGAAGAAACCAAGACCAAUAUCUAAUGACCUGAGGCGCCGUAGCCUCAUGAUCUUUUACGCACCUGAGUCAGGUGAUUCUAAUCCUCAGGUGCGUUAUGCACAUGACGUCGAAUAUUUGCAAUCAUUGAUUGACAAACUACUCGAUGUAAAUGAGGACGGGCUCAAAGUUCAGCAGAUCGCCCGUCUAGGAAAGAGAAUGGAGGGCAAAAGUCGGCCCAUGAGGGUGACAUUUGCCGAAGAAGCAAGUACCAAGUUACUAUUGUCUCGCCUUAAUAGGCUGAAGGGUAUGAAGAUCCACGUGCGCGCUGACUUAGAACCGGCAGACAGAGAGAAACUCAAGUCUGCCAUGAUUGAACUAAAGCGGCGCACGGAGGAUGGAGAAACAAACCUCCGUAUUGUAAAUUUUCGAGUAGUUGCCCGGGUUCCUCCACGAAUCCGGAUCAACAGGUUGCUAAUACUUCAGGCGCGCCCAGCGGGUCCUACCGCGGUCUGCGCGUAGCCUUUACUAAUGUAUGCAGUUUGAUGAACAAACGCGAUGUGCUGUACGACUUCGUAAGCUCUCAGCGACCGGACGUAUUAGGCCUUGCUGAGACAUGGUUAAACUCCGACGUAAACGCCCAAGAAGUGGAAAUCACCGGCUACUCAUGCUUCCGCUGCGAUAGACCAUCAAAUGAUCGCGGUGGCGUUCUACUUUACAUAAAGUCUUCCUUGUGUGGGAGACUAGUGAGCGCCUAUCAAAGCGCUGAUGGUCUAUGUGAGCAGUUAUGGUGUUCGAUACACCUCAGACGCUGCGAGUUGCUCGUGGGCGUGGUAUAUCGCAGCCCACUGAGCCGCAGUUUGGACUGGUUGCCGCAUGUCCGCAACCACAUGAGUCGUCCGAUGUUCCUACUCAUGGGCGAUUUCAACUUGCCCCGAAUACAGUGGCCUGAAGCUGAACUUCUCCCCGGCCACUGUGAAGUCGAGAGGAAGUUUACGGAGUUGCUAUUUGAAACCGCGGCCACACAGCACAUCAACCAACCGACACGCAUUACAGCGCGCGCAACUCCAUCAUGCUUAGACCUGCUGUUGACUAGCUGUGAGCAGCGUGUACAUAACAUUCAAGUCUUAGAACCUCUGGGAGCGAGUGACCACUCAGUGAUCAUAGGCAGUUUAGAAUUACCGCUACCAAAUCCUCUCCCACUAGAGUCAACCUUCAACUAUUGGAAGGCGGACUUUAAUGGCCUCAUUCGAGCAGCGAGCCAGAUAGACUGGUCUUUACCACAGGAUUCAUCUAUUGAAACCUGUUGGGCUAUCAUUAAAGAGGGAGUGAAAUCGUUGUGCGCCCGAUUUGUGCCCCUCAAAUUUCGGAAAGUUGGGCCAGUCAAACCACAUUGGUUUGACAAAGAGUACAACAAAAUGGCCCGACGGCGACGUAGACUAUGGAACAAAUUCGUGUUAUCUGGCUCUGAUGAGGACUACAAUGCCUACAAGGUCCAGCGAAAUCGCUGCAACAAGGCGAAAACAAGCAAACGCAGAAGCUUCGAAGAGGAGCUUGCAACUGCCGCAAAAACUGCUCCCAAGAGGAUCUUCGCAUAUGUGAAGCGGCGCCUAAGGCCUAUAGCUAAUAUCCCAGUGUUAGAAGGCUCAGAAGGACAGCCUCUAACCUCAAGUACAGAUCGUGCGUCAGCAUUGGCAACGCACUUCGCCUCCGUAUUCGCAAGUGACCAGGUGUCUGUAAUGAGUUCGACGAGCACCGCUCCAGCCGAACUUAACAGCCUGGACUGCAAUAUUGAGGAUGUACGCAAGAUUCUAGCAAAUCUUGACGGGACGAAACCUGCUGGGCCAGAUGGUAUACACCCACUAAUCCUCAAGUCAUUAUCGACCAUAAUUGCACCUUCUGUAACUGAACUGUUUAACAGGUCACUAUCCACUGGUCUACUACCGGACGACUGGAAAUGCUCAGUCGUAAAGCCUAUCCCGAAAGGUGGUAACCCAAGCAAAGUGGAUAACUACCGGCCGAUCUGCCUGACGGCAGUUUUGGCAAAGACGCUCGAGAAGAUUGUGAAGAAGAGCCUUCUGCAGCUACUCGAGUCGAAAAACCUGUUAACCUCCGCACAGCAUGGUUUCCUGAAAGGUCGUUCGUGCAUCACCAACCUACUGUUGACGAGGCACGAAUGGUUACAAGCGCUGAACAAAGGCCAAUCGGUUGACGUCAUUUACAUUGACUUCAGUAAGGCUUUUGACAAGGUUAACCAUGCAGUGCUCCUUGACAGACUGAGGAUGUGCGGUGUUGGUGGUUCGCUGCACAAAUGGAUCAGCAAUUUCCUUAUUGAUCGGAAGUGGAGAGUCCAGGUGGACAACCAUCUAACUGACUGGUAUCCAUCGAGCAGCGGCGUGCCCCAAGGCACUGUACUGGGCCCGAUAUUGUUUCUAAUCCAUAUAAACGAUGUGCCUCAGCUACUACAAUCACAUUGUGCUUUGUUCGCAGAUGACUUGAAAGUGUGGAGAGUAAUCCGCACACUCAAUGAUUGCGAUUUACUUCAGCAGGAUCUCGACCGCCUCUCAACAUGGUCUGCAGAGGUUAACCUUCCGAUCAACCCUGCCAAGUCGCAAUUCAUGAGGUUGGGUAAGUAUGAUCACGGCCGAACGUACACAGUGGCUGGUCAACCGUUGCAUCCCGCUCCUUUCGUGCGCGACCUCGGUGUACUCUCACGCUGUGACCUAAAGUCCAUUGACAACACGAAUAGGCUGUACCAAAACAGCCUUCGUAUGCUUUGGGCUCUCAGGCGCAGCUUUAGCACUUGGUCCGAAGAGAUUGCCACUCGCCUCUUCGUCUCGAUAAUACGACCAAUGCUGGAGUACGGCACUCCCGCAUACUGUCCCAUCACCCGGGGCGAAGUAGAAAAGCUUGAGCGGGUGCAGCAUGUAGCCACCAGGCUGAUUCCCAACUUACGAGGUAUGUCAUACGAAGACCGAUGUAAGAAACUAGGGUUAUACACCCUAUCUUAUCGUCGGCUGAGGGUUGACCUCAUCAUGACGCACCGGAUAUUACAUCUGGGUGAUUACCCCAUGUUGAGACAACUACUUCAUCUACGCACACAAAGCUGCACGCGAGGACACCGGUAUAAACUUAUCGUCCCGGAUUUGAAGCGGGUCGCCCAUCAACUCUGUUUCGAACGCAGAGUGGUGAAUGUCUGGAACGACCUGCCUCAGCAUAUAGUAGAAGCGAACACCGUGUCUAAAUUCAAGAUGCUACUAGACCAACAAUUUGCAGAGGCAAAGUACAAAGAGCGAAACGAUAAAUAAAAAGUUCAUGUCCGAAAACGACGAAUGAUGCAGCUACACAGAGCAACCUCUACUCGCUGCUUCGCACCAGUUCUCAGUUCUCAGUUCUCAU